GACUGCGCAGCUGUCCUCGGUUAUUGUUACUGGUACAUGCAAGUGAAGCACACGGAAGUAAAUAUGCAGUCUUGAUUCAGAUGUAUCUUUCGAAUGCACUUUGCGGUGAUCUCAGCCGUUUGUGUACACAAUCUGUUUUGAAAGCUUGGUGUGCUGAAGGUGGACGCUGGGUAAUCUCUGGCAAGGCUCUCAGCUGCGAGCAUGCAGCCCACCAGGCUGUCGACGCUGUUGAGGCUGGUGGUGUUCGUUUUGGUGGUCGUGGUGGUGAUUAAACUGGCCUCCCAGCCCAGACAGAUGGUGCCAGGUGUUAAAAUGAACCAGGCCAACACUCACGGGUUCUGGAACAAGAACCCGGGAAAGGACGAGGAACCUCCGAAACAGGACAAAAGUAUCGUGGGAGAGGGGGCCCAGGAGGGCCUAGCCAAAGCAGAGAAACUCCCCCCACCCCCUCAGGUCGUUCUCCCACAGGACCCCAAUGCACCCCCUCUCAAAGUCGUGCACCUUGACCUGAAAGGAGCUGCCCCCAAAGUCAAAUACCUGGAACAGAUUUUCCCACUCUUUUCCUCUCUGGGCGCCACCGGAGUCCUGCUGGAGUACGAGGACAUGUUCCCCUACAAGGGAGAGCUGCAGGUGCUGCGAUCACCUUAUGCAUACAGUGUAGAGGACAUCAAAACCAUUCUGAACCUGGCCAAGCUCAGCAAGCUGCAGGUCAUCCCCCUGGUACAGGCGUUUGGACACUUGGAGUUUGUGUUGAAGCAUGAGCAGUACACUGCGCUGAGGGAAGUGGGGGAUUUCCCUAACAGUCUGAACCCCCAUGCCCCGGGCUCCCAGGCUCUGAUCCAAGCCAUGGUGACUCAGGUCCUGGAACAGCACCCAGAUGCCCCCUGGCUGCACAUUGGUGCCGACGAGGUGUUUGGCCUUGGUGAGAGCCAGGACUCCAAAAACUGGCUGCACAGCCACAGCGGGGACAUGGGGAAGAUGUACCUGGACCACGUGGUGGCAGUGGCGCGCUUCAUCGUCGAGUGGAGGCCAGGCAUCCGUCUGCUGAUGUGGGAUGACAUGAUGAGGCAGAUCAGUGCCGACGUUCUCAAAGAAUCUGGGUUGCAAAGUCUUGCCUCCCCAGUGAUGUGGUUCUACGCUCCUAAUCUGAAUUUAAAGAACAUCGAUCAGCUGAUCUCCAAGUACCAGGAGGUGGGGUUUAAGGACAUUUGGUUUGCGAGCGCUUUUAAAGGGGCAUCGGACAUCAACCAGGUAGUGACUCCCCUGGACCGCCAUCUGAACAACCACCUGUCCUGGUUAAAGGUCAUCAACUCUAUGGCCAAUUACCCCUCCAUCUCAUUCCGUGGCAUCAUCUUGACCGGUUGGCAGAGGUAUGACCACUUCUCUGUGCUGUGUGAGCUCCUGCCCGUCGGAAUCCCAUCCCUGGCUGUCUGUCUUAAGACUCUGCAGCACGGUUCAUUUUCGGACAAGGCACAGAUGGAAGUACAACACUUGCUGGGCUGCAGUAUUAACAUUGAAAAAGGAAUCUGUGAUGGGAGUGGGGCGUUCUCUGGCUCAGAGGUGUAUAACAUGAUACUCCAGCUCAACAAGGACUUACAGAAACAGACUGAGGAACUGAUGAAACACUACCAUGUGAGGGGAUCGUUCACCUAUUACCACAGAAAAUACAACUUUGCCAACCCACGAAGCCUGGGCUUUUUCACACAGCAGUUACAAAAACUACUGGCGACUUGGGAAUCCUUCCUGGAAAAUUUCCGUACACAGAUGGAGGCCAUAUUCUUCCCGGACACAAUAGAGGAGUGGAUGGACGAGAACGUCAACCAGCACAUGGACCAGCUACGCAAGAUGGCGGACGAUGCCAACCGCAUCGAGAAACUGAAGGGCCGUCCCAAAUCGCAGUGAGCCUGUCUGAACGACGAGAGCUUCCCAAAUGGUAACACACGUGGCCUAACAUUCAAAGCCCCCCCCCCCCCUUAAAAAGGUUUGAGGGCUAGAUGUUCUGGGGGGCCUCUCAUUCACUACUUCUUUAGCUUUUGUAUUCUUAGCAUCUAGAAAUAAAAAGUUAGGUUACACUGGACCUACCUAAACAUGAUCUACCUAAAGCAUGGUCUUGCCAAAAAUGACUAUUCCAAAAAGUGCAAAAGUAUAAACUGCUGUCCACAAUGAAUGGGACAUUUUACAGUUAUCUGCACUAUUGAGGCCACAUUAUGAAUGUAUGUAUGUAUGUAUGUGUAACAUACUUAUGUAAAUAUCUGAUUGUCAAUCAGUUUGCAGUCCACUGUCACUAGAGGUUUUAUUCAAUAGUAGUAAUAAUAAUAAUAAUAAUAUGGUUGAAUAGAUAUAUCUAAUAAGACACUGCACCAGGGACUUUAUGUUUUCCAUUUUGGCCAAGGGCUCCCUUGUUCACAAACCCCCCGGAGGUCCCUGGGCUCCAGUCUGGGAAGCCCCGUGCCUUCAGUAAGAUGGCCGACGGAAUCCGAGGCUGGAGCCGACUGCAACGAGGCCAGCCGAAGUUAGGCCACUUAGAAAACCCCCGAGGCCUCGGCCUUAAAAAAGAACGCAUGCAUCUCAGUGCUGCCAGGCCUGCACCGCCCAACAGCAGGAGCUGCUGGUGGAGGUACCGCCGGGGGUCGUUCUACAGGACGUUCAGCUCACUUUCCGAGCGCUUCCGACAUGAAAUGGGCAGCCACUGGGAAUCGGUAUCAUAAACGUAGAUUGUCAUGUUAAAAAGAGGUUUGGCUUUUUAUUGUUAUUUUAACUUAUUUGUCAGCCAGUCAUAAAUAAGUUGUGCUGUGGAGACUGACUUGUGCAAAUGUAGAACAGUUCCAAUUUUUUUUUUCUUUAACCAAGUGUUUACAAUUGUAAUUUAAAAAAAUGUUUUAUUUUUUUUAAUGAGGUCGGUACUUUCUCUCUCUUUUGAGAUGAAUGUUUUUGUUGUGUGUAUAUAGGUGACUGGUAAAAAGGGUACAUAAACAGUACCAUAAUAUGCCUACUUGAUUAUAAUCAGCUCAGGGGGUAUUUGACCUUAUUAUUUUUAUGAUGCAGUUCGGUAACACUAAGCUAUGCAAGCAGUACAGUCGCUUGUGCUAUCUGACUUGCAUUCCAUUCUAUGAAGUGCAAAAACUUGUUUGUGCAGAUUCCAUGUUGUACUUGUUUUUGUAAAAUUAGAGGAUGAGUGUAUUGGCGCAAAAUGGCAAUGUUAAUUGAGACUGUUCACAAAACACUUCAUGCCCUGAAAUAUUUUUGGUAGUUGUGCCUUUUCAGGUUGGCGACAAUCCAAUCGAGUGGUGAAAUCCUGUAGCGUAAUUGGCGGUCUUUACUUGAAAUUUUUGUUUUGUUACAAGGGUGUGAAAAGGAUUUCGCCUCCGUCUGUUAACAAGAUAUUCUAUCACUCUGAAGGGAAAUAAAAAAGCAUUUUUGGA